CCCCCGCCCAGCUCCGGCCCGGGCCGCCAUGACGUCUUCGUGACGUCACGCUCGGACUUCCGGGCGCAGCUGCGGCGCUGCCAGCGGCUGCUGGCGGCGGGCGGGGGUCCCGGGGGUCCCGGUGCCCCCGGUACCGGGGAGCUGCGGCUGCACGGGCUGGGGCUCGCCGUGCCCCGCACCAUCAACCUGGCGCUGCAGCUGCAGGCGGGCGCGGGGGGCGCGCUGCGGCUGCACGCCAACACCUCCUCCGUGCCGCUGCGCGACCCCCGCCACCCCCGCGACCCCCGCGGGCACCGCGACAGCCGCGAGAGCCGGCGGGACGGCGAGGAGGCCGAGCCGCCCCGGCACAACUCGGCCAUCCACAUCCGGCUGUGCCCCGAGGCGCCGUGCGCCUGACGGGACACCGGGAGCGAGCCGGGAACCGGGGGGCACCGGGAAUGGGGGGGACACCGGG